GACAAUCUGGAACCCGUCAGUUUGGUGACUCAUGCCACACCUGACAUGAUGGAAACCAUUGAAAAAUUAACAAAUUUAUGGGAUGGACCAAUUUCUUUGGGAAUUUUUAUUGAUUCGAAUUCUCGUAAUGUUCUGGAAUAUUUGACUGAAAUUUACAGAUGUGAUGUGAGAUUUAGAAGAAAGAUGUCCAUUCAUUUUGCCUAUCGAAUAUCUGCUUUUCAAACUGAUUGUCCAACAGUUUUUAUUCCAAAAUCCAAAAUUUCAUGUGAUUACUUUUUGAAAAACCAAGAAACACUGCGCGCUGAAAUAUCAGCUCCAUUCGUACUGUAUCCGUGUAGUUUGAUGAGAAAUGUCGCAAGAUGGGGAGCCAAAUCUGACAUACAUUUUAUAAUGGAUGGAGAUAUGAUAAUUAGUGAAGGAAUGGCUCUGAAAAUUAAGAAAAUUGCCAAUAAAAUGAUUGAUGGAAAGUCGAAAAAUGUGCUUUUAGUAAGGAGAUUUGAGAAUGCGAAUGGUACAGUAAUCCCGAGAAGUUUUGAGAAAUUAGAAGAAAAAUCUAAAAUAUUUUUUUUCAGAAACGUCGACUGGGAACCUCAGCCAAUUCUUCACAAAAAUGAUCCUUAUAAUGCAGAUUAUUUUCCGUCAAGGAUUAAAAAUGUGCAAUCAUUGAUCUACAAACUCUGCCGUGCAAACUACACAUUCCAUUUAUUAUCUCAUGUUUUUGAUGUCCAUGAGGGAAUCAAAACCGAAGACACCAAAUAUUCAAAAGCUGUUGCGGACCAUCAAAAUAUAUAUGCAAGAAGAACUGCAAGAUUACGGUAUGCCGAAGAAAUGAGCAAUCUGUAUCCGGAUACAUGGGAAAAGUGCGGUGUUUUUGCUUUGUGA